GCAAAGUUAAACCGGUAACAGCUAGAUCCAAGUUAAGACUGGGAACAGCUUACUCUCUUUUUGCCCUGGUUGAAGGGUUCCACGUUCGUAGCUCUUCGAAAGCAGGCAGAGACGAGUUUACGCAAACUCUUUGAAGGAGGAACGGAAAGGAUGACAAAAAUUCAAUCUGUAAGGCGGGUUUCAGUGAUUGGCUUGGCAGAGGGAAGGGCUGAGCUUCAGAUGUUAUAGCCUUCUAAAAAUCUUGAACUUGGACGUCCAAUGUUUGUGUAUGUUCAACAUGACCCAGAAACACCUCUUCCCAAUUUAUAGUUGUUUUUGGCGCCUCUCUGCAUCUGGGUUCAAGUCAGUUCACGUAAAGAGCAGAAGUAUCUUAACAUCGGUUCAUAGUUCCAUUGAUUCUGAUGGGUUCUCCCAAGAUUUUGAUGAGAUUUUAGCAGGCAGGUUGGCAUCAAUUUUGCAAACUUGUUCUAAUGCUCCUGCUCUUAGACAAGGGCAGCAAGUGCAUGCCCAGAUCAUUGUGAAUGGAAUUAGCGAUGUGGGUUUGAUGGGAACAAGGAUUUUGGGUAUGUAUGUUCUUUGCAGAAGCUUUACAGAUGCGAAGAACUUAUUUGUUCAGCUCCAGUGGCAGUAUACAUCAGCUUGGAAUUGGAUGAUUAGGGGAUUUACCAUGGUGGGUCGGUUCAAAGAUGCUUUACUGUUUUACUUCAAGAUGUUAAGCUGUGGAAUUCCUCCUGAUAAAUAUACUUUUCCAUAUGUAAUUAAGGCCUGUGGUAGUUUAGGUGCAGUAAAAUUUGGUCGACUGAUUCACGAGACCAUUCGUUUAAUGGGUUAUGAGAUGGACGUCUUUGUGGGUAGUUCUUUGAUUAAAUUAUAUGCUGAGAAUGGUUCUAUAGAAGAUGCACGGCAUUUGUUUGAUAGAAUGCCUGAGAAGGAUUGUGUUUUGUGGAAUGUGAUGCUUAAUGGGUAUGUAAAAAUUGGGGAAUUUGGAAAGGCUCUUGAGGUGUUUAGUAAAAUGAGAAGUGAAACAAAACCCAACUCAGUGACAUUCGCUUGUGUUUUGUCGAUCUGUGCCUCAGAGGCAAUGAUUGAAUAUGGUACUCAAUUACAUGGGCUUGCCACUAGAUUUGGAUUAGAUUUAGAUUCACCUCUGGCUAACACAUUGGUGGCGAUGUAUUCGAAAUGCCAGUGUUUAUCUGAUGCUCGUAAAUUGUUUGAUUUGAUGCCUACUACUGAUCUGGUAACUUGGAAUGGAAUGAUUUCUGGCUAUGUCCAAAAUGGGUAUAUGACUGAAGCUCGGGAUCUGUUCUGUGAUAUGCUAUCCUCUGGCAUCAAACCCGACUCAAUCACUUUUUCAAGUUUUCUUCCAUCGGUUUCUGACUUAGCCGGCCUGAAACAAGGUAAGGAGAUUCAGGGUUAUAUCAUAAGAAAUGGUGUGCGUUUAGAUGUAUUUCUGAAGAGUGCACUUAUAGAUAUAUACUUCAAAUGCAGGGAUGUAGAUAUGGCAUGGAAAAUUUUUGGUCAUACAGACAAUGUAGAUGUUGUUAUCUUCACAGCUAUGAUUUCAGGUUUUGUUCUUAAUGGGAUGAAUGAUGAUGCUUUAGAGAUGUUCCGAUGGUUGUUAGGGGCACAAAUGCAACCCAAUUCAGUGACAUUGGCAAGUGUUUUACCAGCUUGUGCUGGUUUGGCUACUUUGAAGUUGGGGAUGGAGUUGCAUGGUUACAUUCUUAGGAAUGGUCAGGAGGGAAAAUGUUUUGUGGGCAGUGCACUUUCUGACAUGUAUGCUAAAUGUGGGAGGUUGGAUAUUGCUUAUCAGGUUUUUCAUUCAAUCUCUGGAAAAGAUGCUGUUUCAUGGAACUCAAUGAUAACAAGCUGUUCUCAGAAUGGCAAACCAGAAGAAGCCAUUAGUCUUUUCCGCCAAAUGGGCUUGGAAGGAGCCAAGUAUGACUGUGUUACAAUAUCUGCUGCUCUUUCAGCAUGUGCUAAUUUACCAGCACUCCAUUAUGGGAAAGAGAUACAUGGUUUCAUGAUGAAAGGUUCAUUGGGAUCUGAUCUCUUUUCUGAGAGUGCCCUGAUUGACAUGUAUUCGAAAUGCGGGGACUUGAUUAUUGCCCGCCAUGUCUUUGACUCCAUGCAAGUGAAGAAUGAAGUCUCGUGGAAUAGCAUAAUUGCUGCUUAUGGUACUCAUGGUCAUUUCAAGGAUGCACUUGAUUUGUUUCAUAAAAUGUUGGAUGAAGGAAUUCAGGCAGACCAUAUCACUUUUCUUGCCAUAAUGUCUGCUUGCGGCCAUGCAGGCCAGGUUGAUGCAGGCUUCCGCUACUUCCAUGAUAUGAGUGAGAGGUAUGGAAUCAUGGCUCGGAUGGAACAUUAUGCAUGCAUGGUUGAUAUGUUUGGGCGUGCUGGCCGUUUAGAAGAAGCAUUUAGCAUCAUAAACAACAUGCCUUUCAAUACAGAUGCGGGUAUUUGGGGAGCGCUGCUUGGAGCUUGUCGGGUCCAUGGGAAUGUUGAACUAGCUGAAGUGGCUUCAAAACAUCUUUUUGAGUUGGACCCACAAAAUUCUGGAUAUUAUAUAUUAUUAUCGAAUGUCCAUGCUGAUGCUGGUCAAUGGGAGAGUGUUCUUAAAGUCCGAAGCUUGAUGAAGGAACGGGGGGUGCAAAAGUUACCAGGUUGCAGCUGGAUUGAAGUCAACAGUGUGACACAUAUGUUUGUGGCUGCAGACACAAGUCAUCCAAAGGCAACUGAGAUUUAUCUACUGCUGAAGAUGCUCCUCCUAGAGCUGAGAAGGGAGGGUUAUGUUUCGCAGCCUUACCUUCUGCAGCACCCACAAAAAUUUGGUUCAUAUGAUCAGGUGGACAGGAGAUGGUGGGGCUCACCUGCACACCAAAUUUCAGUGCCGGUUGAGCUGCAAUGCUGGAGUUAUGGCCUGCCAGUUGUGAUAUGCCUGGUGCACUUACUGCUUUCCAAUCAUUAUGUGAAAUUAGAGGCCAUGGUAUUAGAACUAACUUUCUUUAUUUGUUUUACAGUUCAUAUUGAUGUUGAUGCUCUAAGUUUCAUCUUUAUUAUUCAUCACUAAUCUUAAACAGGAUUUUAUUGUCCCCUUCAUUGAGAGCAAAGCAUAAAAGAAGCAAAGAAAACUCAAUAAAUGCAUUAAGAAAUAAUAUGCUUGAUUUGGUUGCCUAAGUGACAGCUUAUGUUUACUUAUCUUUACAGCUAAUGUACUCAUAUUAGAAGUGAAAUAAGCCUAACCCCACCAACCUCUAUUACUCAAGAACCUGGCCCCAUUUUUCAUUGAUCCAUCCUUCCCAUUGUAAAGCAUAAAUUACAUAGCACUUUACACUUUACUUCUAUCAAAUCAGAUACUAAAAUGGUGGAUUUUCCUUUCUUGAAAGUAACCCUUACAUCUCUUCAUGGUUCUAACUUCUUAUUUUUACAUGAUUAAUCAUAUUCUUUGGGGUUGACAAUUUUUUCAAGGAACCUAUGUAGGCUACUCUUGUAGGGUGGUAAAGCUGUCCAGUUGGAUUGAAACUAUACUAAUGCUGUGACAUUGAAGUGUAAAAAUUCUUUUCUUGACUAGCUUUCAUGGCCAGAAUUGAAGGACAUGUUAUUGGGUUGUGAAAACUUAUCCUUAUCCCCUUAAAUUCAACUUAUGCUGAUGUUAUUGUCCAUCAUGUGUGGAAACUGGAAAGGCCUCUUUAACCAACCCUAGCCAUGACUUUAUUGACAAGAUUAUUCGA